AUGGUUCGUUCAGAUAGUGCAGAAGAGGAUCAAAUCAUCAAUGAAGAUGGAUUUGAUCUAACUGAAGAGGACGAGGAGAUGAUGAGUUCGGGUACAGGUGCAUUGCCCGUGACUAUAACCGACUGGAGUUCAAUGACAAAUGGACGAAUUGCUCCACCAUCCAUCAUGUCGGCUGCUUCGGCAUUCGACCUGACGGCUUCUGGAAUGCAGAAUUCGUUACGUUCCGUCUUGCCUACCUCGACGAUUGGGCAUGCACCAAUGCUCGCCAACCGGUCUCUAUCUCAACCGGCGCCACUGUCACCGACAUCGCUCGACCCUGAUAGAAGAUCCAGAAUGCGGAGGCAAAUCGCUAAUUGCAACGAGCGACGGCGGAUGCAGAGCAUCAAUGCUGGAUUUAUGGCUCUUCGAGCUUUACUUCCACGAAAAGAAGGCGAAAAGUUGUCGAAAGCGGCGAUUCUGCAACAAACUGCUGAGAUGGUUCAUCAACUUUUGGGAGGAAAGAGUAUUGAUGAUUUGCCGGACGGUGGAGAGCCAAAGAAACUCAAACUUGAAGAAGAUCACCAAGACGCUGACCAUCAUGCGCAAAUAGCUCAUCUCCAAACUGUUUUAGAAACAGAAAGAGCCGCUCGUAAAUCAUUGGAGAACCAAGUAAUUCAGCUCCGUGAGCUGCUACAAAUGACGACAACGUCAUCUCAAGCAUCGUCCCCCGUGACACCAAGAUCCAAUGGAUCAUCUGGUUUCAGUCUACCACCAUCGUAUGCUUCAUCGGCUCUUCCAACUCCGUUGAGAGAGUCUCCUGAACGGAAACCAUCAUUUCAUGACUCAACAAGUACUCCAUUGUCUCUACUAACACUCAAUGGAUCCCCAACGUCAUCUGAGUCAUUGACGGCGCCUCGAAUACUUCAUCCAACGAGGCUGCCGAGUCUAGAAACAACUGUCAUCCGUCCGACACCUUUACCACCUAUAUCUGUAGAAGUAUCAUCGCCAUCUCUGUCAACUCCAUCGCCAUUGACGGCCGCUCCGAUAAUCUUCUCAACAGCGCCACCUCAAUCGAGUAUUCUGUUCCAAACGGUCACCUCGGCCAUGUCGACUGGCAAUUCAACGCCCGUCGGAUUGCCGCAUCAUCUGCAGGGACAUAAUUCUGCGUUUGUGAGUACCCAACCAAGUAUGUCAUUGUCUCAAUCAAUGCAAACAAUUGUCGAGGCGAUUCGUCAUUUGGAAGGAGGAUCUCAUUUCAUUCCAACAUCUCCUCCACCUACUUCACAAACGUCACUCGUCCGCUGA